AUUGUAUCAUGAGUAUAGCAAAUGAACAACAAUUUGCCAUGGAUCAACUUGGCGAAACCAAUGAUGAUUCGGAAAAGAAACCAAGAAUUUCAUACACGAGGAAGUUUCUCUUAUCCUUGAGCGAGAAAGACGUUUGCAAGAAGCUGCCAGAUCUACCCGGUGAAUUUGAUGAAGCACUGUUGCUAGACUUCGAAGAUCCUUCACCCGAGCGAGUGAGAAUUUCAGGCGAUUUUUCAUCCCAUGGUUUUAGGCGGAAUGACUAUAGUUCAUCGCCUCCAACCAGGGGUGAAUUAGGUAGUAACUCUAGAGGCAUUCAUGGAAGAUGGGAGGGGCGCUCAGGUGGAUGGAAUGAUAAAGAUAGUGAUUCACAGUCAGACCGGGACUCAGGAGAGCCUGGAAGGCGUUCUGGUAUGCCAUCUCGGAGGCCUUGGCAAGCACCUGAGCAUGAUGGACUUCUGGGGAAAGGUUCUUUCCCUAAGCCUUCUGGAUUUGGUGCGGGAACAUCUGCCCCUAGACCUCAAUCUAAUGACCCACAUCAGUUGAGUAGAACCAAUGAACCUUACCAUCCUCCUCGCCCAUACAAGGCGCCACCUUUCACUAGACGUGACACUAGAGAUUCAUUCAAUGAUGAAACAUUUGGCUCUUCUGAUUCUACUAGUGAAGAUAGAGCAGAAGAAGAAAGAAAAAGAAGAGCUUCUUUUGAGUUGUUGAGGAAGGAACAUCAAAAAGCAUUCCAGGAGAGGCAAAAAUCAAACCCAGACUUACGCAAAAACGACUUUGAUUUUACUGAACUUCUUGGGGAGUCCAAAGAUGAAAAAGGGCGUCCAAGUAGAAGCGAUGAAGUCAAUCAUACUCCAACAAUUCCUGGUUCUAAUAACACCUCUUUUCCUUCUCAAAGUAAUGCACCCAGACCGCUUGUACCUCCUGGUUUUUCAAGCACAAUUUUGGAAAAAAAACAAGGGGAAAAACCUCAAAUUGAUUCUUCUCAAUAUGAGCGUAGUCCUUUAAAUUCCAAAGGCAUUAAUGUGGUGAAUGGAACAUCUGUUAAUAAUGGGGGAAAACCGUUGGGAAUUAAGAUAGGUUCAAGUGAGAUGCUGAUAGAAGGUGAAGAUGUUCGUGUUUCCUCCACUGAUGCAAAUGAACGGGCUGUUAAUAUCUCUUCAUUUCUAGGAAUAUCUACAGAUACAUUUAAUAAGGAUAAAAGUUUUGAAAAGCUUUCGUCAAUCUCAACUCCUACUGAAACUCAGGGGUAUCCUAGAAAAAGUGAGCAAGCUACAAUGACGCUGGACAAGAAGAAAAGCUUGGAGAUUUCAGAUGGACCAUCAAUUCUGGAUAAGAUAUUCAACACCGCUAUAAAUUUGAAUAGUGGUGACUCCUCUAAUAUGAAUAAGAAAAAUGUCGAAAAAGUAGAAGAAAUACGCAGCUCUCAGACCAUUAAUAAAUCCUCCAAGUUCGCACAUCUAUUUCUUGAAGAAGAUAACAAACCAGUCGAAGAUUUCCCAUCCAGCGGGCCACCAAGAGGCUUACUGUCACUACUUCAAGGUGGAGAUAAAUUGCAAACCUUUGACACAAUAGCAAAUGCCGAACUUCCAACGGAUUUUCCUUUUCAAGGCCAUGCCACUAAAAGCACUGAUCAGUUAAGCAGCACUUCGACAAGUAAAUCAGUAACAGCUGUUCCACCUGUUCUCACUUGUGAAGACCUUGAGCAGUCUAUUCUGUCAGAAGUCAGUGACAGCUAUCAUCCACCUCCACCGCCAGUUGACCAAGACACGAGUGUUUCUUCAGUGAAAAAGACCAAACAACGGAAAACAUCUGUUGAUGACCAGGCUUCGCAGCACCUUCUUUCUUUAUUACAGAGAGGUGCAGACCCAAAAAUUCAAGAUACGCAGCUACUAACAGUUACAGAGAGGAGACCACCACCACCAUCUGUGAAAUCAAAUACUGCUGGAGAAGCAGAUCCAGGGAAGUCUUUGACUCUUGAGAAUCUAUUUGGGAGUGCCUUCAUGAACGAACUGCAGUCGAUUGGAGAACCUGUCUCUGGAAGAGCUAUGGUUUCUGAUGCUCCAGGGGUCCCGCUUCGAUCAGAAAGGUCAAUUGGUGAACUGAGCCAAAGAAACCAAAUCAGACCUGACGGUCUCCCCGGAGGGAUACUAGCCCUUCCAGAAGAUGGUAACUUACUUGCGGUUGGCGGUCAUGCAAACCCACCAAAAUACAUGUCUUUUCCAGGAUCUCAUAAUCAAGAGCCUGAAGUAGCUUUCAACAUCUCUGACAAGUUAGCUGCCUUAAACUCUGGUCCAAGGAACGAAAGACCAACAAUGGGAGGUCAAGAUGGUCCUUUUCUCCACCGCCAUCCCCAACAAUACGCGACCGACCCCUCUUCUCACUUGAAUGGUUCAGGCCCAGUAUUCCAUCCGUUCGAUUCACGACAUGCUCAUGUAAAACCUCAACUCGAUUUCAUUGGACCAGGAAGCAUCAUGGCUCAACAUCAUGACCCUCCACCAAAUCACCGAUUUCCACCAAACAUGAUUCACCGUCCACCUUUUCAUACACCAACCAGUGGACAUCCCGAGUUUGAUCGUCUUCCUCCUCAUAUGAUGCAGAAGAUGCAUAUGCAAGACAACCUGCAACAUCAUCAUCUAAUGCAAGGAUUCCCCGGUGGUGGUCCACAACACCAUCACUCUCCUCAUGUGAACAACCAGAUGCCGGGUCUCAUUCCUGAGUUAAACCCGUCACAAGGCUUUCCCUUUGCCCAUCACCAACCCAACUACGGUAUGCCACCACCAGGUUCUCAAGUUAACAGAGGAGAGCAUCCAGCUUCACUGCAGACACUCUUGGGGAUUCAGCAGAGGAUGGACCCAGCUAAGCAGAUACAGGCAGUGGGUCAAGCCGGUGGUCCUAAUCGCCAAGGCUCUAUGGGUCAUGAACUCGACCUUGGGUUUGGCUACAGGUAACUCUACUCUGGCCAUAGUCCUUUAACACCCUAAGAGUGGUAGAUUUUCUAUGAACGUUCGAGUCACUGGUAUUUGCAUAUUCUAUUUUAGGCUUUUUGUUUUUUGAAACCGGAGUUCAAGUCUCAAGGGGUCUGUGUCAAUAGGUAACACAGAUGAGCGUGUGCGUUUGGUUCUUUUUUAAAGAUCAGCUUCCCAAUACAAAUGCUAUACUGUU